AUGUAUGUUUCUGAAGCUCAAUCACGGGAUUAUCCUCCAAGACUUUACCCUGAAGGGUCUUCUAAUCUAGAAGGUAAAAAUAUUAAUCACAGUUUCCAUUUAGGAGAAUUCCAUCACGUUAGAGAAGCAAUAGGACGUGAUGUGUUGGAACAGGAGAAGUCUCCUAUUGGAGUAAUUGCUAAGCUAGCUGCACGCAAAAGCGUGUGGUCUGCGUUUUCGGAGGAGUUGAAUCUGCCUCUUGGGAUGGGACCCAAGUUAGAUGAACUGAAGCCAGCAUUAGAGGUCUGUCAGUCUUGGACUUUUGGAAAGCGUAAAUGGUUGGGGUUGUUACUUCUUCAAGCCACGAGACUUUAUGCUUUGCAUCAUAAUUCUAGGAUACCAUUUGAAAGUGCAAAAAGAGUAUUCGACAAUGAAGCCAUGAUGUUGUAUCCAUGGGGUCGGACUGCAUAUGAAGUUCUUGUUGACUCCAUUAAAAUGUUGGAUCCACAAGGAGGGUCAUACACAAUAAGCGGCAUGAAGGACGUGUUAAUGGUUUGGGUGUAUGAAUCUGUCACUUGCUUUGAAGAGCAAUUUGGGAGAGUGGUCAAUAGUGAAGACAUUCCGCUUUUGCGAUGGGGUGGAAAGCGUACCCGUGCAAGUUUUACUAAAUUGUCCUCUGAGGAGAUCAAAGAUCAUGGCGAGGUGCGUGUGAGGAAAAUGAUUAUGAAGGACUCAGUUGAAGAGAUGUUUUCUCAAUGGAUGAGUGAAGAUGACGACCCACAACUCAUUAACUUGAUAACAUACACACAUGGAGAGGAUCUUGAUAAGGCUUCAGAGGUGAAAAAGACUUUGGUUGAUGAGUUUGGUAGUGCCAUUGCAACACGUGCUAAAUCUGCUGCAACACCUGCUAAAGCUGCUGCAACACCUGAGGCUAAAGUUGCUGCAACAGCUGAUAAAGAUGCUGCUCUUGAUUCAAUUAUUGUUUCUCCUGCUAAAGGUGCUAAGGAUGCUAAGGCUGGUAAGGAAGGAGGCCGCAUGGGCAAUCCAAAACAGAAGGAUGAUGAGGCUGUGUUAACAAAGAAGGAGGCCGCUGCUAAGAAGAGGGAAGAGGCUGCGUUAAAGAGGAAGGGGGCGACUGAGAAAAAAAAACAUGAUGAGUUAAAGAAGCAAGAAGCCGCUGCUAAGAAGAAGGAGGCUGAGUUAAAGAAAGUAAAGAUUAAGACGCCGAGUGGGGACAGUAGCAUUGCGGAAGUGACCGACGAAAUUCUCGCGGCACAUAACGAAUUGUUGCCGGAGUCUGAUGUCGAGGAAGAGGAACUGAUUAGAUAUGCCAGAAUAAAAGAUUACCAGGAGAGAAGUGUUCAAUUAUCUCCACAGGGGUGUGCAUUGAUGGACGUUUCUUCAGCACCAGUUUUUCCUUACAUUGGAGACAAUGGAACGACGUGCAUGAGGAAGAAGUUUGAGCCUUCAUCACAUGUCACUGCGUAUAUGAAAGUCCUCGUUGGAAGGUCCAUGCGAGAUCCCAACCCUUUCUGGUCCAAGCGCAUUGCCUUUAUUCACCCUUGGUUCUUCACUGUAUGGGUUCACGAUUACAAGCAGUUCAAGAUAAAACCUACUCUGAUGAAGUUCAAAGGCACUGGUUAUGAAUAUUUAGCAAAUGGUAAUAUUCCCGAUGAAUGUCAAACAAACUUGAAGUGGUUUGAAGAUGUGGAUCACUUGUACGGAGUGCUUCAAGUUAGUGGCGAUCACUGGGUGGCGUUUCACGUGGAUCUGAAGAAGGAGAAGAUUGAUGGCUACGAUCCAAUCAUUGGACAUGUAGCACCCGAAAGUGAGAAUAGGAUGAUAAAUUCAUUUAGGCCGCUAACACAAAUGCUCCCUGUGAUGUUGUAUGAUAUUAUUCCUGCCAAUCUCCGAAAACCUAGUAAAAAGCAGUUCGCGUUCAGAAGGAGGAAAGACAAAAAAUAUUCCACAAAAAACCCAAAUUGGCGAUUGUGA